AUGACGAUUGCUUCCCUCGUUGCUAGAGACCCACCAAGUGAGGAAAUACAUCAUGGGCCCUUGACAGACCAGCACUGCGCGAACAUUGCAGGGUCCAUCCUGAUUCUCGUCGCUUGUGGCAUGGUCUCACCCUCGCCUUCCUGUGAUGUAGGGUUCGACGAGGCUCUCUCGGUCCUCAUGGAGAUCACAGAGUGGCUGAAACGUUUCCAAACAGUCUGGAUCAACGCAGGUGAUAGUGCUACGGCUCUCCUUGGACUGAUAGGGGAGAUUGUAAUGCCAGCCGAGACUCGGCAUUAG